AUGGAGUCAUUUGAUGAUAUAGAAUGGGAAGAUGAUGAGGGCAAUGUCACCAACGACAGUAUAACAAUUUCCUCAAAUAAUGAUACAAGUUUCCAAAAUUUUAGAUUUGACGAAAAUAGUUUAGAAUUUGAAGAUGAUGAAGAACAAGGAAAUAAAGAGGAAAACGAAACUUCAUUUUUAAAUAAUAAAAAAGAUGAAGAUGAAAAGGAAACUGAUGAUGAAAAUGCAAUAGAAUUCGAAAUAGAUACCAAUAUUUACAAAAAAGGGAAACAAAAAAAGAUUAUUAAAAGAGUAGAUGUAAAAGAGAAACGAAGCUUUCUUCAUCUUCAUAAAGCAACAUUGGUAUUGUAUUUGGCAAGUUUUAAAUACACUGCCACAACACUAUCAAAUGAAAAUUUAAAUUCAAUUUUAUUAUCAAUUAUACCCCAAAGUUUAAUAAAAAAAUAUAAAAAUAGUUUUUCAGUUGAUAAAGCAAAUAUAACAACAGAAACCACAAAAAAUUCAAAAAAAUCGACAAGAUCAAAAAUAACAAAUGAUUCCCAUGAUUUAAAAACCCCACAAAAAGAAUGCUUUAAUGAAAUUAUUAGCUGGUAUACUGGUACUUUUAAGUUUGACGAAUCAAUCCCAAAUGUUAUGGAGGAAAAAGAAGGUGAUGUAAAGUCUUCAAAAAGAAAAGUAAACACUAAAGAUAGUAAACCCUUACCAAAAAAUUUAUUAUAUAAUCAAAUAUUAAAACAAAUUAAUCAAAGAAAACUUUCAAAGAAACUUUAUGUUGAGUUGUUUUAUAUGGUUUGCAAUUUAUUAGAGUACGAGUGUAGGUUAGUAAGAUCACUAAAUACUCCUCCACCAGUGCCAGUAACACCAAGCAAAAUGAAAAGAAUUCAGAGUGCCAAUUUAUCACCGGCUGCAUCAAAGAAAUCAAAAUCAUUACCAAACUUAUCAAUAAGAUUAGAUGAAGAAAAAGAAAAGAUGAAAGUUAAGAAAACAACUACUACCACUACCACUACUGCAAUAUCACCUAUAAAGAAAAAAAUCAACGAGGCCAAAAACAAAGGUAGAAAUACCGGUAAAGCUAAAAAAAAAGAAUACAAUGAAAGCGAAAGUGACAGUGAUGAAGAGGAAAAUGAAAGAUUUGAAAAAGAAGAUGAUAGUAAUAAAAUGAUCACCACACCAGUUACCAAAAGACAAAUGGCACUCCAGAGAAAUAAUAGCCCAGAGAAAAAACGACCAAAUUCAAAGAAAAGAGUAAAAAGUGAUACUGAUACUGAAGAAUCUGAAAAUGAAGAUGAAGAUAAAAAGAAAUUCAAAAGGUCAUCAUCUGAACCAAUUUCAAAAUCAAAAAAUUCAAAAAAAGAUACUAUUUUAUCAAAAUCAUCAUCAACUCUAUCAAAUACAAAUAACAAUUUUGAAAUUGAAAAUUGGUUAGAAAUAUUCGAUCACGAUGAAAAUAGAUGGAUAACCAUUGAUAUAAUAAACAAAACUAUUGAUAAGGCAGAUGAGUUUGAAAAAUAUGAAGCUCCAUUUUCAUAUGUUAUAGGUUAUAAUACAAGUUUAAUGAAAGAUAUUACAUCAAGAUAUACAAAUAACUAUAUUGGAGCAUCACUAAAAAGGUUACCAACUGCACAAACAAAUUAUUGGGUCCAAUUAAUAGAAAAUAUUUUCAACGAUAAUAGUAGUGAAAACAAUGAAGACUCUGAUUCAUCCGCAAUAAAAAAUAAGCAUAUAUCACCUGAAAAAAGGAAAUUGUUAGAAGAAAUUAUUAAAUAUGAAAGAAAAGAAAAAAUUAUUAAAGAGAGUAAAUUAGAAUUUCCACAAAGCUUUGCGCAAUUUAAAACACAUCCGGUUUUUAUUUUAGAAAAAGAUAUUCCCAAAUACUCAUCCCCCGACCCAAAUGAAAAGCCUCUAGGUUUAUUUAAAGAUGAACAUAAAAUCUAUCAUCGAGAUCAAAUAAAAGCACUUCAUACAUCUGAUAAAUGGGUUCAAUAUGGCUAUAUGGUUAGGGAUGGCGAGCAACCAGUCAAAGUAGUCAAAGGCCGUUCAAAAUCAAAUCCAACCUCGCUGCUAUACGGUGAAUGGCAAGUUAACGUAUACAAACCUCCUGUCAUUGUCGAUGGUAUAGUUCCAACAAACUCCUUUGGUAAUGUCUAUUUAUUUAAACCAGAGAUGCUACCUAUUGGUGGUGUUCAUCUUAAAGGUGUAGGUUAUGCUAGAGUUGCUAGAAAAUUAAAAAUCUCAAUUGCACCUGCGGUAGUUGGUUGGGACGUCACAAGUCGUCGCUCUUAUCCACUACUUGAUGGUAUUAUCGUCGCAAAAGAAAACAGUAAAAAGCUAUACAAAGCCUGGUUAGCUGAAUCCGCUGUAAGAGCUGAGGCUAAUCAAAUAAAAAAACAAGAAGAAAUUAAAGCACGUUGGAAACGUUUCAUGAAAGGUUUACUAAUCAAAGAAUAUAUUCAAAAAACUUAUAGCGCAGAUGGCAACGAAAAAUACAUUAAAUAAUUUAAAGCCAAUUAAUGAUGAAGAAAAAAAUCAAGAUGUUGUAAAUAUUAUUGGGGUAAAUAAUGAAGACG